GAUCCAGCCACCCCAAUAAAGACAGCGCCUGACGUGCGUGAGAAACGACUUUGCCCAUCGUCAGCCUGACUUGAUGCCCCUCGUAGUCAGCAUUUUUACCAAUCGCCCCCUCUGCGGAAUGCCAAGAGCUGCCAUGAAGUGCUGCAGUCUCGCGCGGUCUUCUGAUGCUCGCGCCGCGAACAUGGAGGAGACUCUGGGCAGCGCCUUCCGCUCCGUGGUUGUGCCGCCGCUGCUGCUGGCGCUGCUGCUGCUGCUGCAGGGCGCGCCGGCGCGCUGCGCCGCUCCGCACGAGCGGCCCACGUCCUCGGCGGGCGCGGGAGGCCUAGGGGAGGUCGGCACCGCCGCCGCCGUGCCGGACCUGCCCAUGGCCGUGUACGAGCAGAAGUACUACCUGCAGCGACUGUUCACGCGCUACGGCCAGGAGGGGCACCUCUCCCUCGAUGCCCUGCAGAAGCUGCUCGUCAACCUGGGCAUCGGUGAGAUCCGGGUGCUCGAAGAUCAGGAAGAAGAUCACGAUCACGAUGAAGAUCACGAUCAGGACCACGACCAGGAGAACGAUCAGGACCACGACCGCGAUCACGGCCGCGAUCGGGGCGACGGCGACGCCGGGCGUCGAGCUGGCCACGACGGCCUCCUCGGGCCGAUGGACCGCCGCAGGGGCGGCUCGUCGAGCGCCACCGACGGCGCGGGGGAUGUCGGGCCACGGACCGCGGCCCCGACGGGCGGCGCCGGGGAUUGGCGAGGGCCCCCGAGAGGCGCGCCGAGAGGCGCCCGCGGCGCCCGGGAGGUGCCCCACGGCGGUGGGGCCUGGGGAGCCGCGGAGAAGCAAAGCCGGACGGCGGUCCAGGACUACCUCGCGUCGCUGGGCUUGUCGGGAGAUCACGGCCACAUUCACGAAGAGUGCAUGAACAUCACCACGCUGCUGUGGAACUACGGCAUGUCGUCGGCUUCCGGCGUCAACCAGGACCAGUUCAUCUUCCUGUGCCCGGCGAUGCUGUACCAGAUCGACAGCCGCGUCUGCGUCAAGCAGCAGCACGACCGCCACGGCGCAAGCGGCGCCGCCACCGCCCCCGACACCGGUGCGGCCGCCUGGGGCUGGGGCUUCCUUGCCAUCACGGCCAUCUCGCUGCUCUCCCUGCUGGCCGCCGCCUUCAUCCCGGCCCUGUCGCCCGACGCGCUGUCCAGCAUGCUGGGCUUCCUGGUGGCGCUGGCCGUCGGGACGUUGAGCGGCGACGCUCUGCUGCACCUGCUCCCCCACGCGCAGGGCGGAGGACACGGGCACAAGCCGGGAGGGGCCGGCGGGGACUGGACGAGCGGCCUCGUCGAGCAGCUGCUGCCGCUGGGCAAGGGGAUGGCGGCGCUCGGAGGCGUCUACCUCAUGUUCCUCCUGGACAGUCUGCUGCCCCUGCUGCGCGUCCGGCGCGAAGAGAAGAAGAGAGAGGCCCGGGAGGUGCGCGAGGGAGGAGAGAAGGCGCCGCCCUGCGAGGAGUUGGAGCUCAAAGUUGACGCAGCGUGCCGCUCGGGCGGCAGCGACGCGGAGAAGGUGUCGCGAGGAGACCGGGACCCGGAGCGUCGCCGCGAGGGGCGUGCCCACGGCGGGGGCCUCGAGCAGCACCGCGGGCACUCGCACGCGCCCCUCGGCAAGGCGGGCCGCGUCGGCAACAUCGCCUGGAUGGUCAUCAUGGGCGACGGCCUCCACAACUUCACCGACGGCCUCGCAAUCGGGGCGGCGUUCAGCAGCAGCGUCACGGUGGGGCUCAGCACCUCCAUCGCCGUGCUCUGCCACGAGGUCCCCCACGAGCUCGGUGACUUUGCGGUGCUGCUGCGGGCCGGGAUGUCUCUGCGCCGGGCGGUCUUCUACAACCUCCUGUCGGCGCUGCUCGGCUACCUGGGCAUGGCCAUCGGCGUGGCCGUGGGCCGCCACCUCCGCUCCUUCACCCUCUGGAUCUUCGCGCUCACCGCGGGCUGCUUCCUCUACGUGGCGCUCGUCAGCAUGCUCCCGGAGCUUCGCGCCGACGGCCGCGGGCCCAAGGGCCUCGGCCGCUUCUUGCUGCAGAACGCCGGCCUCCUCCUCGGCUUCGCCAUCAUGUUCCUCAUCGCCCUCUUCGAGGACAGCAUCGCCCUCAGCCUCAGCUUCUAGGCCACAGCGGCAGCAGGAGCCGGAGAGGCCCUCGCUUGCACAUCGGCAACGCACGUUGUGGUUGUUGUUGUUGCGGUUGUUGUGGUUGUUGUGGUGGUUGUGGUUGUUGUUGUGGUUGUUGCGGUUGUUGUGGUUGUCGGGUUGUACACAUCCCAUCGACCGCACCCCGGCGGUAUCGGAAUCGCAGCCUCGCCUUGCCGAGCCCCGCUCGAGCCUCGGACCCAAAGUCGUGACGACGACGACUGCGCCUGCUGCUGCUGCUGCUGGGACGCGGGCGACCGCCGGCGGCGGCGGCGGCGGCGCGUUACUCCGUCGGCGUCCCACCGGCACCGCCUCGCGGCGGACGCUCAAAAGCAGCUUGAGAGCGAUUGGUGCGGCACGUGACGAGAAUGAGGCUCGCUCGCUCACGGGGGGGGCACCACGUGCUGCCAUCUCCGUUGCCCUCCUUCAUCGGACCGGCUGAGCCCAACGACCUGACCUUUGAACCGUGUCUUCCCUUGGAAGUCUGAGCGCGUGGAAGUGUGUGUGAGUGUGUGUCCAUGUGAGUGUGAGCGUCCACGUGAGUGUGAACGCGUGUCCAUGUGAGUGAGUGUGAGUGUCCACGUGAGUGUGAGCGUCCACGUGAGUGUGAACGCGCGUCCACGUGAGUGUGAGCGAGUGCGUGAGCACGUGCACGAGCGUGUGAGCGCGCAUGUGAAUGUGUGCGCUCGUGGGGAGCGGUGGCGCAGUGGUUAGCGCGCUGCGCUACGAUCCCGGCGACUCGAGUACGAUUCUCGCUCACGACCGACAACGGUGGUGACAAUUUUAACCGGUCCUGGGCCUCCCCUAGGUGGACUCGACUUUAAACGUAAACCCGGCGCGGUGUGUAAACAUCAGCACUGGGGAGACAAAGGUGGCCGGCAGCGGUGCUGGGCUCACCACCUCCUUGCGUGCCAUUCCGCCUUUAAUAGGUGCUCGCUAACAGCAUUGCCCCAGCCGCAGCAGCAGCAGUCUGUGAAAGGCUGUACGGGCAUCUCUGUCUCUUGUGUGUGCACCUGACAGUAGUUCGCGUGCUGCAGUUGCUGACAAAUUGCGGCAACCAGUUCCUUUUAGCCUCGCCGAGAAAAUUGUUUACGUAACAUUUCACGCAGCUGAGCAUUGUCAUUAUAUUCAGGAUAAUGGUGAAGUAUCACGUUUAAUUAAGCUUAAUGAUGCCAUCACUUGUUAAGUAUUCAUGUUAAUGAUGCCAUCGCUUGUUAAGUAUUCAUGUUAAUGAUGCCAUCACUUGUUAAGUAUUCAUGUUAAUGAUGCCAUCUCUUGUUAAGUAUUCAUGUGAACAUUGCUAGUCCAAGAUUGUGGUCGUGAGAUUUACACACAAACAGAAAGCCAUGGUGUUUUUAUAUUGUCCUUAAAAAUAAUUCAAUUCACAAUGUUUACCGUCUACGUUACGCUGAUUAUAAUGAGUCAUUGCCGUCUUUUAGAUGCAGCGGAUAUGUACCUGGGCCUGAUGCCUAAGACAAUUAAAACUCAUUGACGCGUCACGUA